AUGGUCUCAAAUUUUCUUAAAUCCAUUCCAUUUUUUUUGUUUCUUGCAAUGGUCAUGGCAGGUGAUGCGGAUAUUACCACGGACUUCGUAGUUCCAAUGAAUUAUAGCGCUAACAAAGCCGUUGAUGGAAAUUUCUUUACUUUCACCGGCCUGCGCAACGUAGUUAACUCCGACUACACACAAAACUUCACAGUGACUAAAGCCAACACUGCAAACUUUCCAGCUUUGGAUGGUCAAAGUGUCUCUUAUACUUUUUUACAGUUUCCAGCAGGAGCUAUUAACCCACCUCACACACACCCGCGUUCAGCUGAGCUACUCUUGGUAUUAAAGGGAUGGCUGAAUGUUGGAUUUAUUGACACCAAUAAUAAAAUUUAUAAACAAACUCUUACAGCUGGAGACAUGUUUGUGUUUCCAAAAGGAUUGGUGCACUAUCAGUCUAACGAUGAUCCAAAUCAACCUUCAACCUCAAUCUCUGCCUUUGGAAGUGCUAAUGCAGGCACAGUUUCAGUUCCUCUAAGUGUGUUUACUACUGGCAUUGAUGACACCAUCCUUGCUAAGGCUUUCAAAACUGAUGUUGCAACUAUUCAGAAGCUAAAGGCAGGCCUUGCACCCAAGGCUUAA